AUCAGCUGGAAAACAUUGGCGAGCCCGGUAAACUGAGGUUUUGGGGGUUUUUUUUACAGGUUCGUGUUUUAUGUUCCCGCAAAUUAAAAAUUUGCAAUUUUUGUUUGACGUUUAGUUGUGCAGUACUGCAGUGCCAAUGUGCCAUACAUAACAGGCUACGAUCGCACUACGGUGGCCGCCGACUAAGCCACUGCUGCCAAAUUCACUAAUCCACCAAUUUAUUUGGCAACGCUGUAUAACGUACGCUUCUUGUCGGAACGUCAUUGAAGUUUGGUGGUUAGUCGGUGAAGUAGAAUACAUCCGCUAAGGUUUCUAUAAAUUUGGAUUACGACAUGGGUGUUCAAGUGGAAACCAUUUCACCUGGGGAUGGGUCAACAUUCCCCAAGACUGGCCAGACUGUAGUUGUACACUACACAGGUACACUUCAGGAUGGAAGCAAGUUUGAUUCUUCUAGAGACCGUGGAUCCCCAUUCAAAUUCAGAAUUGGAAAAGGUGAAGUCAUCAAAGGAUGGGACCAGGGAGUUGCACAGAUGAGUGUUGGGCAAAGAGCUCGUUUGAUUUGCUCUCCAGAUUAUGCUUAUGGUUCCCGAGGACACCCAGGAAUUAUCCCACCCAAUGCUACACUGAUCUUUGAUGUGGAGCUUCUAAGAGUUGAGCCAUAAACUCAUUUUAAAUAUUGUGUGAUUUUUAGCCUAAUUCAGUUUGCAUCUAUCAAUUUGAUAGUUUGCUGAUUUUAAAUGUGUGAAGGCUUAAUCUAGACACAAUACAAUUGAAAAUCCUUGAAUGUAA